AGUGGAGUGGAUACCUUUUCAGGAAACACCGGCCACCCCGAUAUCCACGUGACCCUUCCCCCUAGAUGGCACCUUGUGUCCGCGCAUAAAAAGGCAGACAACGUGGGCACUGUCCAUUCUACCGGCAUCUUUUGUCACUGUAGUGUCCGUAUGUUACUGGACCUACGUCGUCUCCACUCCCUUUUGUGAAUGGUUCUACACCAUGCGUUUACGUAUGGCUGCAGAAAGUCUGUCUGGUAAAGUUGUAUGGAUCACAGGAGCUUCCAGUGGUAUUGGGGAACAUAUUGCUUACCAGUUGGCGUCUGUUGGGUGUAAGCUGGUUUUGUCUGCAAGAAGAAAGGAAGAACUAGAAAGAGUCAAACAAACUUGUUUGAUGACUAACAGGGGUACACUAUCAGAUGAUGAUAUUUUAGUUUUACCUUUGGACAUAAUCAAAUUUGAAAGCCACAAGUCUGCAGUAAAACAAGUUUUGGAUCAUUUCAAAAAGAUUGACAUUCUAAUCAACAAUGCUGGCAGAUUUCAACAGGCUUGGUGGACAGACAUUGAUUUGGAAGUUGAUCGGCAUAUUUUCGAGUUAAAUGUUUUAGGGCCAGUGUCCUUGACCCAGGCUGUGCUGCCACAUAUGAUUGAACGCAAAGCAGGACAAAUAGCAGUUAUGAGUAGUUUAGCUGGCAUAACAGCUGCUCCUGGGUCAAGGUCAUAUUGUGGCAGUAAACAUGCACUACAUGGCUACUAUGACGUCCUACGCUUUGAGUUAUGCGCCCAUAACAUUGAUGUGACAAUAAUCUGCCCUGGCCCAGUCAAGUCAGAGCUUUUGACAAAUGCAGUGACAGGAAAGAAAGAGGAGCCACUCAAAAAUCAUUCCAAGAUAUUUCGAAAGCAAAUGAGCACCGAGAGAUGUGCCUAUUUGUCUUGUCUGGCCAUUGCUAACCGAAUGUAUGAAGUCUGGAUCAGCAUCCCCCCAUUUGUACUAUUUACCUUUGGCAUGACAUAUCUAGCAACAUUUAGUAAAUGGAUGUGCACUACACCAUGUAUUAGGAGAUUUUUCAAUCUGCCAAAAAGAAAAUGAUUUCUUAGUGAGUGGACAUCAGCCAGAAAUGAUAUUAGUAUCCAUAGGUGUGUUUGAAUGGGUGGUUGUGAAGCAUUCAGCAGCAAUAGUUAGUAAUUUCAUUAUGUCCAUACUAAAAGAAAUGUGUAUUAUCUCUUUAAGAUGUUAAUUAAAAGUUCACAUUUUCUUUAAAAAAACUAUACUUUUCAGAAAGGCCUAGAUUUAUUGACAUGUGUGUUAAUUGUAUCUAACUAGCUAAUUUUAGGAAGAGCUUAUAUUUAAUGUAUUUCAACAUUUGGUAAUACAAAAAUAAAAUAUAAUUAAAUUGUAAUUUUGUUUUUCAUAUUUGAAAUGAAAUGGUGAAAGUUGUGUUGGUUUUUUAAAUCUACUGCUUUUAUCAGCAGUUUCUUAAGUACAGUGCCUAGAAUAAGUUCUUUUAGACAAAGAAAUGUUACCAAAUAAAAAGUCUAUCAAGGGAAAAAACUUGUGCCUAUUUAUUGUAUAACAUUACUUUAAGUUUGAACACCAACUUUGCAUUAAAUGUUUAUUUAACUUUAA